AUGCAUUUCGAUAAAUGCAUUAUCGAAAAUGACCGUGUAAGAUGCACUUGUGGUGGUAAAGUUUUCAAUGGGGUGUUAUUAACUGUCGGAUCCGAAGCUGUGUGCAAUCAUGUUAUGACGAAAAUGAAUGGCAUUUCAACUGAUACUCGAGAUUCAUCUGUAUCAGAAAAAUAUAGUGAAACCAGUGAUGCACACAAUCAGUUAACAAAACGACAAAGUACUGAGAAUAGGAAGUCGAUUUUCGAGAUGGCAGGUAAUGACAUUGUUGCAACACCACCGAAUGGACUUUUGUUUGCUGAUCGUUUAGCCAGUAUAGAAAAUACAAUCAGCAAUUUGAUUGGAUACGUUCAUCGUCUUGGAGAAGAUAUUGCCUCCAUAGGUUCUCAGUUAAAACCGUUAUCAGAAAGUAUCAAUAUUAUUCAAAAUCAUAUUUUGGCACAGAUCACGCCAGCAAGUACCGUACAAGUUUCCUCAACUGUAGGAACUUCAAUAGAUGAUUCAGCAGUAUCUUCACUAUCAUCGAAGGAGGUUCUAGUAUGUGUUAAUGGAAAUAUGGCGCAAACGAAGAAUGACUUGAAGUCGAUCGGGUCGGCGUUACGACAACUCAUAAUGAAAACAUAUACACGUGCUGAAAUAUUGGACAAAAAACAUCUAAAUGAAGACGAUUAUCGGUUUAAAAAUAUUACAGAUGCUCUAAAAAACAAUUUUGCAUUAAACGACGUGAUGAUGGAUGCAUUGUCUCAAACUUUCAAACAAACAAGAAAUCAAUUGACAAAAGACGUUAGAUACUUAAAAGUUAUGAAGCCAAAAUCUGCAACAGCUUUAAAUGAGGAUACUGUUUGCGGACAAGAUGAUCAACAUAAUGAAGGAACACCAGAAGAAUCAAAUAAUAACAAAAAUAACAGGAAAAUGAUGGAUUAA